UUACAAUAAUUUUCAAUGUCAAAAAUGUUAUCCUUUCAAAAUCAUUAUUUUAAAAUUUGUGAACUUAUAAAUGCGCGCGCUGGGCGGGAAGCUCAAUCAGUCUCGCGCUAUACAGGAUUAACAUGGCGUCGUGCGCUGUGCAGCUGAUUGAUAAAGUGACGAGGAGGAAAGUGGAGAAAAAGAAAUUUGAAACAAACAUUUUGAAGGACCCUUACAUGAAGCACCCUUUACAAAACAGAUGGGGUCUUUGGUUCUACAAGCACGAUAAGAGCAAAAUGUGGCAAGACAAUCUAAGGCUCAUCACCAAGUUCGACACAGUUGAGGACUUCUGGGCAUUAUACAACAACAUACAGCUGCCAAGCAAACUGUCCUCUGGCUGUGACUAUUCUAUGUUCAAGGAUGGCAUAGAGCCCAUGUGGGAAGACAGGAGUAAUAAAUGUGGUGGCCGCUGGUUGAUUACUCUAGCCAAGCAGCAUAGACACACUGAACUUGACCGGUUCUGGCUGGAAACGAUGUUGUGUCUUAUUGGAGAGGGCUUUGGCUCCUUCAGUCGGGAUAUCUGUGGAAGUGUAAUCAAUAUCCGUGCCAAAGGGGACAAAAUUGCCAUCUGGACCUCCAAUGCUGAGAACUGUGAGACCGUUACAUAUAUUGGUCAAAAGUAUAAAGAAAGUCUUGGACUCCCACAGAAACUUGUCAUUGGAUAUCAAGCCCAUGCAGACACUGCAACUAAGAGCAACUCCAUAACCAAAAACAAGUUUGUUGUUUAAAAGUGGGAUUUAGUUUGAUACUGUUGUAGGGGCCUAGAUGUUUAUACUGGUAAACAAUUAGUAUUCUUGUAUUCAGAUUUUUUUGUUUUUUUUUUUGUUACUUUGACGUGUGGCUGUAACUUGUGGCAUUUAAAUUCACCUUGAUAAAAUAUGCAAGACUUUGUAAAUGUUGUUUGAGUUGUACUUUUUUGUGGUGUUGAAGAGGUGUCUAAAAUGCUAAGACCUUUUUUCUUUGAAAAUUAAAACUUGAUCUGCUUUUGCAAA